UAUAACUCCAUCUCUCACAGACUUCUACUCUCUUGAUUUCCGGGCGGUCAACAAACUUGGUCCCUAAAGCAAGAAAAGCCCCCCCCCCUCUCUCUCUCCAUUCCCCUUAAGACAACAAAUCUUCUACUAAACCAACCUUACCUUACCUUGCUCCUAACCCGCUCGUCUCCAUCCCAAAAUGUCCUCCUACCCAGACCUCACCAAAUUCAAAGCCCUCUCCUUCGACUGCUACGGCACCCUAAUAGACUGGGAAUCCGGUCUCCGCGCCGGUCUCCAACCCAUCAUCUCCCGUCUUCCUCCCCUCUCCUCCUCCUUCUCUUCUACCACCAACAACAAAGACAUCCCCACAGAAGCAGCCCUCACAAAACGCUUCGACACCCUCUCCGCAGCCCUGCAAUCCUCCUCUCCAACCCUCCGCUACGACCUCAACCUCUCCCGCUCGUUUCUCGCCCUCGCAGCCGAUCUCGACGUCUCCGUGACGGAAGAGGAAGCUACCGCCUUUGGAACCUUACCUGGAACCUGGGUCCCCUUUGAAGAUACGAUUGCAGGAUUGGAAGUGUUGAAAAAGUAUUAUAAGCUGAUUAUCCUGUCGAAUAUUGACGGCACCAACAUUGCCCGCACAGAGGGGGUACUCAAACCUGUGGAAUUUGAUGCGGUGUAUACGGCGGAGCAGAUUGGGAGCUUCAAACCCGCUUCUGCCAACUUUGAAUACUUGUUCAGGCAUGUGAAGGAGGAGCUGGGCGUGCAGUGGGAUGACAAAGACGGAGAGGGGUUACUGCAUGUUGCGCGGAGCUUGACUGCUGACCAUGUCCCCGCCAAGAAGUUUGGUUUGAGGAGCGUUUGGAUCUCGAGGGGUGGUGAUACGAAAGAUGGGGAAGGGGUCGGUGGGGAUUGGGAGGGUGUGAAGGGGGAUGUUGGGUUUGAGUGGCGGUUUGAUACGAUUGGGGAGUUUGCGAGGGAGGUUGAGAGGCAGUUUGGGGAGCAGAGGUGAUGUUGCGUGGUGUUGAUUUAUUUGGGGUUGUGUUGUGGGAUGUGUUUUCUUGGUGGUUAUAGACCUCGUCGAAUGUGAUGCAAUGGAUA